AUGAAGUGGUUAUCGGUUGCUGUAUUGCUCGGCGUGGCCGCUUAUGUCUUGAAUGCCUUGUAUUCGACCUGGCUGCCAACCAACUACAUCUUCGAUGCCAAGACUUUGAACGAGAUCUGUAACGAGGUGCUGUCCAGACACGACAGCAGCUCUGAGAACUACAGCACCGAGGCUCUUUUGAGAGACGUCAGGGACGCAUUGGCGCAGCACUACGGCGAUAAGUAUAUCAAUAGGUACGCCAACGACGACUGGGUGUUCAACAAUGCCGGCGGUGCCAUGGGACAGAUGAUCAUUCUACAUGCGUCUCUCUCUGAGUAUGUGAUUCUCUUUGGCAGUGCUGUAGGCACUGAGGGACACACGGGAGUGCACUUUGCGGACGACUACUUCACCAUCCUGCAUGGAAAGCAGGUUGCAGCGCUGCCACACGCUGCCAACCCGGAGGUCUAUCUCCCAGGUAUGACCCACCACUUGGAGAGGGGCUACGCCAAGCAGUACGCUAUGCCAAGCGGCUCGUUCGCGCUGGAGCUCGCCCAAGGCUGGAUUCCCUGCAUGCUGCCCUUCGGGUUCCUCGACACUUUCUCGAGCACUUUGGACCUCUACACGCUGGGCAAGACGGUAUACUUGACCGGCAAGGACAUGGCCAAGAACCUGGUCAAGAACGGUAAAUUCUAA